UUCCAACGACCAAUCGCCGCGAAUAGUCCGCUCCAGUGAAAUAUUCAUAAUAAUUAACAGAUUCCUUUAUGUAAAGAAAGUUUUGUUUUGAGAUCCAAGUGAAUUUUUGCAGCUUUGUAUGUAGAAAAGAUUGUGUUAAGAAUUUAUAGACGGGAUAUAGUGUAAAUACAAAAAAAAAAAACCACCAAAAACAUUUAUUAAAAUGGAAAGCUUUAUAUCAUCAGCAGCACAGCUGGGGCCCCAUUUCGCCCCACUAUCAAAUGGAUCGGUAGUGGAUAAGGUUACACCUGAUAUGGCCCAUUUGAUCAGCCCAUAUUGGAAUCAAUUCCCCGCUAUGGAUCCAAUUUGGGCAAAGAUUUUGACAGCCUACAUGAUCAUCAUUGGCAUGAUUUCUUGGUGCGGAAAUGGCGUGGUGAUUUACAUAUUUGCCACCACAAAAUCGUUGCGCACUCCUGCAAACCUUUUGGUCAUCAAUUUGGCCAUUUCUGAUUUUGGUAUUAUGAUUACAAAUACACCGAUGAUGGGUAUCAAUUUGUAUUUCGAGACAUGGGUGCUGGGACCCAUGAUGUGUGAUAUUUAUGCCGGAUUGGGCUCUGCCUUUGGUUGCAGUUCGAUUUGGUCAAUGUGCAUGAUAUCGCUGGAUCGUUAUCAAGUAAUCGUUAAGGGUAUGGCCGGACGACCGAUGACAAUUCCCUUGGCAUUGGGUAAAAUAGCAUAUAUUUGGUUUAUGUCAAGCAUUUGGUGCUUGGCCCCUGCCUUCGGCUGGAGCAGGUAUGUGCCCGAGGGUAAUCUGACAUCUUGCGGUAUUGAUUACUUGGAACGCGAUUGGAAUCCACGCUCAUACCUGAUCUUUUAUUCCAUCUUUGUCUACUAUAUUCCAUUGUUCCUUAUCUGCUACUCUUACUGGUUCAUCAUUGCUGCUGUGUCCGCCCAUGAGCAAGCUAUGCGCGAACAGGCCAAGAAAAUGAAUGUGAAAUCUCUGCGUUCCUCUGAGGAUGCCGAGAAGAGCGCUGAGGGUAAAUUGGCUAAAGUUGCUCUGGUAACCAUCACCUUGUGGUUCAUGGCAUGGACACCAUACUUGGUCAUCAACUGCAUGGGUCUAUUCAAAUUCGAGGGUCUCACACCAUUGAACACCAUUUGGGGAGCUUGCUUUGCCAAAUCGGCAGCUUGCUAUAAUCCCAUUGUAUAUGGCAUUAGCCAUCCCAAAUAUCGUAUCGCCCUUAAGGAGAAAUGCCCAUGCUGUGUCUUUGGCAAGGUUGAUGAUGGCAAAUCUAGCGAUGCCCAAUCUCAGGCCACAGCCAGUGAGGCCGAGUCCAAGGCAUAAAUUCUUUGGCGCAACAACAACAACAACUACAACACCUAACUUACAACAGCAACAAAAAACAACAGCAACAACAGCAAGAACAACUGCAGCAACAGAACGAAACGCUUUCGAAUAACAUCAAUAACAACAACAACAAUAAAAAGUUAGUUAAAUUUCUUACAUAACAAAAAGAACCUUGUUAAAUGAAAUAUCAAACCUUCUGCAAUGUCAUUAAAGACUAAAAAAAAACUUAGCAAAAAAAAGAAAGACAACAAAAAUAAAGGCAAACGAACUAGAAGAGUUA